AUCAAAUACAGUUACCGUAUAUACUCGAGUAUAAGCCGAGUUUUUCAGCACCAAAAAUGUGCUUGUCAAGCAAAAGUAUGAAGCUGUCUUUUGUCAGCCCUCCUGUCUCUUGUGGGUUGUGUCCUCUCUGACAACCUCAGUCAUUACUGUAGAUAUUAUUAACUGCCCUAUUACUGCGCCCUAGUCUUAGGCAACACAUAAGACUGCAACAGAAAAAAGUUCUGAUUUAUGCUGCAGAAGACAUGAACGAAGACAUUAAUGUAGGGUACUAGGACAGCAUAGCUGGGAUGCUUCCUGAUGAUCUUCAUCGUUAUUCAGUAAUUAUGGGUGUAGCUGAAUAUAAUAUAAUGCAAGUUUGUGGACACAAGACAUUUCCCAAGAAAUUCUCUGUUAGAGUGUUAAAUCUGGGUGGGUAGGGCAGAUGUUUAAUGUACCAAUUCUAAUGAAAUAGUUAUCCUGUAUACUUUUCUGGAACAGGAUCACAUUCCGGCUAACGCAGGGUACUUACCUGCUGGCAAUCAGGCAACCCUGGGAACCCUAUACUGUAUGGGUGGGAAAGGUUUGAUCCAAACUACAGUUGUUAAGAAAUUCAAUGUUGUAUUUGGCAAGUUUAAGGGUGGUGUAAUAGGGCUGGAUUCGGCCAAUUGCCAUUACUUGUUGCACAUAUAUAUAUUGUCAGAUGUGUCUCUACCUUAAUAUCUAUCGGACUGAAUAUCAGAAGUUUUCCACUGCCAGACAACCUUGGGUUCAGAUCCAGGAAAUGGAGAAGAUGCUCGCUGUUAUAUUAAUCCUUGUGAGUGCUUCAGGGAUCCUGACUCAGACGGAUAUGAGUGGCAAGGUGUUUUUCAUCCCCAAAGAAUCUGCCACAUCUUACGUGCGUCUUAUUCCAAUGAGAAAUGGUCCUUUUGCCAGCCUUACAGUUUGUCUAAAAUCAUAUACAGCACUGAAACGGCCUUAUUCACUCUUCUCUUUGGCAACACCAAACAAAGACAAUGACUUCCUCCUGUUUCAGGAUAAUAAUAAUAGGUUUUCUGUAUCAAUAGGCAACCAAGAUGUUUUUCUGAAUAUACCAAGCACUGCAGUAGUGAGGAGCAUCUGUGCCAGCUGGGAUUCUCUGACUGGAGAUAUGGUUGUAUGGGUCAAUGGCAACCCAUACCCUAGAAAUAUAUUUAUGAAAGGGUACAAAGUCAAUGCCAACCCCAUCAUUAUCAUUGGACAGGAACAGGAUAGUUAUGGUGGAAAGUUUGAAGCUGCUCAAUCCUUGGUAGGAGAGAUAAGUGAUGUUCACAUGUGGGAUAGAGUCCUGACCUCUCAGGAACUUAUGGAUGUACUGUAUAACAGGGGCAUGGUUGGCAAUGUAAUUAACUGGCAAAAAUUAAACUAUCAAACAAAAGGUGAGGUCAUUAUACUUCCACAAGUAUGUAAAAUUAAUUACAACCCUGAUUAUUGCAAUUAUAUUCCUACAUGAAGAAAUAUCUAGGUAUAUAGGGCUCUGUAACAGCCUUGUGGAUCUUACAGGUAACCACACUUUCUUGUAACAUAACUAUAUGAAUCACAGAAAUUCAAUAUUACAGCCUCUGUUAAUUAUAGAAUUCUGAUAUUUUUGCCCUCUCUUACCCACACUUAAUAAAGUACCAGUCCUACCCUAUAUCUCCUUGUGUACUUGCUAUUUACGCACUAGAUCUGUCAUAUAGAUAAAUAAACAAUAAAUCAAAAUGCAAAUAAUGUAGUACCUGUUUCAUGCUUAGAGAUAUCACUUUCCAGAGACCACGAAUGAACAGAGACAAAAGUCACUAUUUUGGGGGAUUUAUAAUGAGGUUUUUGAAUAGCAGAGGAUCUCAUGUAGAAAUCAGCUGACUGAUGGCUGUGAUGGCUCCUGAUAAUGUUCAUUAUUACACUGAAGUUCUAGAUUUAUCUGAACAGUAUAAUCCAAGUUUGCAGACUGAUUUGUGCACAGGAGAUAUUUUUUCAAGAUAUUGGGCCAGAUUCAAAUCAAUGGGAAAACGUUAUUUUAUGGUUUAUCACAUAUAAGGGCGAGGUACAAUUGGAGGAGCUAGUGGCUAAAUUUACCUGUGCAUUCCUGCAACACAUCAUCUGAAGAAGGGAGGUUUUACCACCCACAACAUUAUCCUGCUUUGACACUCUGAAUUAGGAGAAAAAAAACUUUUCUCCUAAUUCAGUUACAGUUUUUCCCCAUAGAUUUAUUGUGAUAAAAAGCGAGAUAAGUUUCUCUAAACUCAAUUGCAUCUCAAUCAAUUGAAUUUCAUCUAUGAGUUUUCAUGUGAAAACCCUUUUUCUCACUGAAUUGAAUUGCAUCUCAAAUUCAAUCUUGUCCGUGAGUUAUUACAGGAUAAACCUUUUUCUCACUGAUGUGAAUCACUAUGACUAUAAAACUGCACGUGUAUUUAAACAUCAGGCAGUUAAAUAUAUCAUAGCCAUUUAUCGUUUUGUUUUUGGAGGGGUGAAUAUCUUUCCUGUGUAUCACAUAAAGAACAGUUUUAUGUGUUUUUCUGGAGUUUGAUCCAAAC